AACUAACCCUUCCCUUGUCUAUUUAUCUAGGCACCUAAGAAACUAUAGCAGCAGCAGCCUUGGACCUCUCUAAUCCAUUAUAUGCAACUCGGGACUUCCGACUCAUACUCCUACCUCCCCACAGUUGCCCCGUUUACCUGAUACGAAUAUUCACGCCCACCUCUCUCACCAAAAAGCCCCGCAUUGCACUUUGUUUGCCCACCUGCCUGUCUUCAGCCUACUUGCAUUCAGUCGUCCUUCGUCCGGUUUACCACCCCUCCUUGGUAAACUCGAGGUAUGACGUGAUCUAGCAAAAAAGGCUUCUUAUUCUACCACGUAAUGGAACAGCCUGAACCCUCGACACCCACUAUACCGACUGCUGUUCCGCAUUCAACCACCGAUCGUACUACUAAUACUCCUGAUACCGCCGCAUCUGGGUCGAGUUCACCAAACACUCUCGACCAACUCUCCAACUCCGUCCCAUCCCUCCGAUUUCCCCGACCGCUGGGCAACCGACAACUUACCAACUGGGUUUCGUCCAGCUCGCCCGACAUAAUGCAGCCCGAAACCUUCCCCGACGAUGACCCUAGCUUGGCCGAGCUGGGUUACGAUGUCAUCGGCACCGAUGGAGAGAGCCAAGCCGAGUCUACUGCUAGCUCCCUCGAUUAUCAAAGACCCGAUGACGUCCGAAGCUUGGCCGGCACCGAUACCGGCACCGACGUCGAUACCAACGAAGCCGAUACCGAUUCGUCCGAUGAUGAAGAGGAGGAAGCUAUAACACUAGACAAUGACAAGGCUGCAAUGAGCACAAUCAGCAGUACUAUCGUCGAUUAUAACGGUGAAACAGACGACGAUGAUGCCGAUGUGGAGACUCUUGCAAAUCAAAGCCUCGAGCACCCUACUGAUUUCUCUCAGCAUGGGCUCCCAGGCUUACUCCGUCAAGCACAGAUAGACCAGAGCCAAGCUCGGGAGGCCCUUCGAGGGAUGCACAACCCAUCCGUGGAAGAUAUGGAGUUGAGCGAAGAUGCGAACGAGACAUUAUCCUCUUCAGAACAAACCUCGCUAUCAUCCCGCUGUUUAGAGGUAUAUCAGCUAGCGCUUAGAUAUAUCCAAGAACAUCGUCGUAUCCUAGCAGUCCUGUCCGGACUUGCUGUCCUCUACAGCCUUGUCGUCACCGGCAAGCACCUAUUUUCUAACUCACCGACCUCGAGAGUUCUAUCUACGGUCCCGGUGGCUUCGGUAUCUUCUGCGGUCGUCCCGUCUACUAUUGGUGGUCCCGUAUCUACUUCUCUGACGACAUCACCUUUGAUGAAUACUCAAACGCAAAAGGCCUUGCAGACCGGUAGCUCGCCGAGUAGUCUUGUCCUGAUAGCACUAGGAAAAGACAAGGCCCAGAUAAGUGCCUCUAACCAGUCUCAUCAAGAAACCAUCUGCUCGGCGGAACUAUAUGACCGCAAUGAAAUUAUUGUGAAAAUCCCACAGAAUGUGAAGUCUACCUGGCUAUCAAGAGACGCUAUUCUUAUUGCCGUGAGUCGAGGUAUCUACGACAUUCCAACCAAGGUUUCGUCUGUAGAGGAGGGCUUCCUGAUCGAGGUGCCCCUUGAAGAGGCUCACGAUGUCUUGGCCGUUUCCAUCGCAACGACCUGGAAGCCCAAGGUUAAGGAGACAUUCCAUGUCGACUUCGGCAGGAAUAAAUUCAUAGGUGCUCUAGAUGCUGGCAAGCAAAUGGUUAAGGGGUUCGCGCAGAAAUUCGUCGACACCGUCAACGAGACAACCGCGUGGGUUGAAGAGACUUAUAUUCCGGCUCUAGAUGUAAUGUCGAAACAAGUCUGCAGUCAAACAUCGUCUGUCUCGGAUUCCCUUCUACAAGGACUUAGAGAUACUGGCAACGCUAUUAUCGGCCUCCCCUCUCAUCUUACGUCCCAGGUUGUCGACCAAAUCAGACUAUCAUUAAAUAAUGACGUACUCUCCCAACGCCGUCACCAACUCCAACUACAGUUGGUACGAGAUGUACAGAAUCUACGCGAUGAACUUUCCUUGCGUUACCUCUCUGCGCAACUGAGAUCUAAGCUCUGGUGGUUGCGAAUACAGGGGAAACCAGAGGAAUACCAACGCUACCUGACAAAGGCCGAGAGUUACCUGAAAGAAAGGGUUGCCGGUGCCAAAGUGGCAAGGCAAGAUAGGGCCGAACGCGUCAAGAAACAGAUCCGAUCCCGACGAAAGGAUGAGCGCCGCGAAACAAGAGGUUCCUUCUGGAACAAAGGCACGGGGUCCUCUCAAGCUUGACUUACUCCUUCUAAAUAUUUUAUAUCAUACGGUCGGCUAGGGUCAACUCAGGGACGGCGUUAGGCUCUGGUGAUAGCCAUCCAGCGAU